AAUGGUUCCGCAUUCAAAUUGUCGGUCUGGAUCGAGUUAAUAUUUUUGCUCACGUGGUAAUAGUCAGCUCUAUAAAAUACCGUGAGACUCCGAGCAAAGUUACCGAAAUCAUAUCUGAAAAAUCUAAAAUUAAAUUCUAAUAUGCCUGUCAGAAGUGUUUUGUGUGGUCGAAUAACAUUAACUGGCUCAUCGCCGGAAAUGCUGAGCAAGAAUAAUUUAAAAUUCAGUUGUGCUGCAGCAAGUGGCUGUCGAUAUUUCUACACGAAGCAGCAAAUAGAACGAAUUAAAGCCGAGUCAUCUCAAAAAAAUUCAUCUAUUUCUAAAAUAUUUAAUCGCCGAGAUGCCGAUGAUAAAAAGAGUGAUGCUGAAUUGUUGUCGCAACUACGCAAGAUUCUCAAGUCGGAGAAGUCGGCGGCCAAGACUGCUUUUAACCAUGGGGCCAUGCUGGGAGCUAGUCUUCAAACUGAACCAGCAGGAGGCAAAGGCUUUGGAGCUACUUUGGGUAAACUGGUGGAAGGAGGCAACCAGAUGGUGUUUAUCUUCCGUAAAAUUGUCAUUCUCACCUUUGCCGGUUGCGGCUUCUGGCUGUCGUAUAAGCUCUACACGUGGCAGGACUCAGAUAAGAACUCGUGGCUGAGUGCUGCUGCAAAUGGAAGUCUGGAUCCCGCUGCAAAAUCGACCGGAAAUAUGCGUGGUCGUCUGAAGGGAGCCAAGGGCAGUGAGGACUUCAAGCCAGUGCGUUUUGCAGACAUAGUUGGCUGCGACGAGGCGAAGGAGGAGUUGCAAGACAUCGUGUUCUACUUGAAGAAGCCAAGACAGCUGGCGGCAUUGGGGGGAAAAGUGCCCAAGGGUGUUCUUCUCAUGGGACCCCCAGGUGUUGGGAAGACUAUGAUGGCGCGUGCAGUCGCAACCGAAGCGGGAGUUCCCUUCUACUACCGGUCGGGAUCCUCAUUCGACGAGAUAUUCGUCGGAGUGGGCGCGAGUCGCAUGAAAGAACUUUUCGCAACUGCUCGCAAAACGGCGCCAUGUGUUAUUUUUGUGGAUGAAAUUGACGCUGUUGGCGGAGAUCGCAACUCUCAAGGCAGUUCAAGACAAACCAUUAAUCAAUUUUUAGCCGAAAUGGAUGGAUUUAAGGAAAAUAAUGGGAUCAUUGUUAUCGGAGCGACAAACUUGGGUAAAGUACUGGACCCUGCGCUGACAAGAGCAGGUCGAUUUGACAAUAAGAUAGUAUUGUCGUUGCCGGACGCCGAUGGUCGUAUCAAGCUUGUCCAACAUUACAUCAAACGAGUCAAGACAGACGGGAAGCUAGAUGUCACAAAGUUUGCUACAAAUCUAAUUGGUUAUUCGGGUGCGGCAAUUGAAAACUUAAUAAAUCAGGCGGCUUUGAAAGCAGCCAAUGAUGGUGAUUCGACAGUUGAAAUGAAGCACUUGGACUGGGCGAGGAUGAAGACGGAAUUGGGAAGGGAGAAAAACAAAAAGGGCGAUCCGGAAGACAUGGAGGAACUAAGGAAUACUGCGUACCACGAGGCGGCACACACUUUAGUUGCUCAUCAUCUCAAAAUUCCAUACUACGGGGUUACUAUUGAAAGACGUUCUAACACAUUGGGUCACAUGAGGCACGACAUAAGCGAAGACUUCCCAACUAGAAAAUUCAUUGCUGGCAGAAUCGCAGUAGCACUGGCUGGAAAACUGGGCGAAGAUGCUCUGGUCGGUGAGGGAAAGCUGAAACACACCACUGGAUGUAGUUCUGACUACCAGGUUGCGCGGGCAACAGCCACUAAAUAUGUCACCAAGUAUGGUUUCGGCGAACGAUUCUACCCAUGUGCAGAGAACGGGCCAAUCAGCGACAAGUACCAGGUGAUGAUUGAAAAAGAAGUGAAAGAAAUUUUGGACACGGCGGAGAAAGAAGCUAAGAAAAUUAUGAAGGAACACUCAGAAAAACACUUGAAAUUGAGUGAAAAACUAUUGGAAAAGUAUAAACUGACUGCUGAUGAGGUGAAAGAGAUUCUUGCAUAAUUUAAUUCAAGUUCUAAUUCUAA